CUUCUCGGGUCAGUUCCAGUCUGUGUGAGCACGUCAGUGAGGACAUCGAUAUUAUCCACUAGUGAAAAACAUGUUAAUAUUUUCAAAGUGCCUUUCGAUAAUUCGUAUGAUGUACCAAUGAACACCACUGAAUAGUUUACCAAAUAAUUUUAUAAACAAAUUCCAUUAAUUUAAGUAAAUAUCCUGAGUAUCCAGUUGUUUAAUUUCUAGGAGGAGUUUUUGCAGUGAUUGCACGAGUUGCUGACAACAAUAAUUUGGAGGGAACUGUCAUCAUGCUCGUACAAUUGUCGCUCGUACUUAUUGUCAUCGCCAUACCCCCCAGCUCUGCCGAUCAAUGUCCUCUGGGCAGAGGCUGCGGUGGUUGUGAUCAUCUUCCAGAGAAUCAGUACGAGAUUCGGUGCUCAACGAAUUCAUCGGACUCAAUGUUCAUCGUUAAUUACAGACCCAACAUUUGGGUGAAGAUUGAUUGUUACAAUUCACCGAAUUGGUCGGAAUUUUAUCUCGGGAGAGAAGGACAGAUUCGAGAUGUUGACGUUAUUUCAUUCAGAAUGUGCCAAUUGCCUGGGAAUGAGAAACUGGGUGCCAUCGUUAGACAGAUUAUUGCGAAUGAUGUCAAAGAGCUGAGUCUGCAGUUGAGUGACAAUUUGUCGUCGACCCUCACCAGGAAGACACUGUCGGAUUUCAGGAGCCUCGAGACACUCGUUCUUUCGAGGAAUAAAUUGACGAAUGUCACCGCUGAUUUACUGCAUGAUCUGCAGAAUCUAACUCUUCUUAAUCUGCGGGAGAAUGAUCUCCGUGAGCUGCCUCAUGGCUUCCUGGACAUACCUCAUCUGGAGUCCAUUGAGCUGGGGAGCAAUAAACUGGAGAUUAUCGAACCCGCGAUAUUUCAAAAUUUGGAGAAGCUCAAGCUCUUGAAUAUAUGGAGUAAUAAACUCGUCGAGAUAAAACCGCAUAGUUUUGAUAAACUUAAAUCGAUUAGAUCCAUCGAUAUGCACUCCAACAAUCUGCAAACACUUCCUCGAGAUAUUUUUGCACCUUUGAAGAAUCUUAUCGUUGUCAAUCUAUCGCAGAAUAAUUUCACCGCCAAUUCUCUACCUGAGGGGCUGUUUUCGAACAACAGUCUUCUUCGAAAUGUUAUUUUUUUCGAGAAUAAACAAAAUCUCACGACUCUUCCCUCAAAAUUCUUCGCUGGUCUCACGCAUCUCACGAGUAUCACUAUGCGAAGGAAUAGAUUGGUGUACCUCCCAGAGGAUUUGCUCACUGGAACUGUGAAUUUGAGGAAUAUCAGUAUGGAGUGGAAUUAUAUCGAGAGCCUUCCACGGGGUAUUUUUAAAGAUUGUAAGGAUCUGUUCUCGAUUAAUCUCAGUUAUAACGAGCUCAGGGAACUACCGAUUGGAUUAUUCUCGACACUUCACAACCUGGAGAAGCUGGAUUUAUCGAGAAAUCAUAUAACAGAGAUCAGUGGGAAUUUAUUUCACGGCCUAUCGUCACUCAAAGUCCUCAAUCUUGAGCGAAAUGGAUUGAAAACAAUUCAUCCAGAUGGUCUUCGUCCUCUCCAGAAUCUCCGGAUCGCCAGAUUUUCCUCGAAUCUAUUGACUUUAAAAUCGAAUCCCAGCCCAUCCAUCGAGGGUGAUCGCUUGACAUCUCCGUUCUACCCUUGCACGAGAAUCGAGGAGCUACAUCUGGCAAACAACAAUAUCUCUGAUAUCUUCUUCGAUUGGGCGACAGCUCCACAGCUCAGAACCCUGGAUCUUCAAUACAAUAGCCUGAGAUUCCUCCACGCUCAAGAUGUGUUCUUCUUAUCAGAAAAUCUCUACGUAGACCUAUCAUUCAACCGCAUAGAGCUGAUAUCAUUGACCUACGCCGAGGCAUUUGCAACCCCCCGAGAAUACCCGAAGAAGGUAAUUGUAUCAGUCGAAAAUAAUCCCAUCAACUGCGACUGCGAUAUCUACGAUCUUCUGCGAUAUCGAGAAGGUGAUAUGGAUCCUAAAGUUCAGAACAACGUUCACUUGAAGAUGGAGAAGCUGAAAUGCCAGAAGCCGAGUGGACUGCUGAACCUCUCAGUCGAGAACUUGAAAUCCAAGUCCCUGAAAUGUCUAGUAGAAAACCCAGAGAUCUACAACGCAACCUGUCCGGGAAAGUGUGAGUGCUGGUUACAGCCGAGCAAGCGAGCGUAUUUAAUCGACUGCUCCUACCAAGGCCUGACGGUUGCUCCUCAAUCUCUGAAGGCCCCUGGGGGUCUCACAAUCGAGCUGAACCUAAAUGGCAAUUUUCUGAAAAAAAUGCCAUCGAUGAGACAACCUGGAUACGAAGCAGUCACUGCUCUGUCUCUCUCGAAAAACGAGAUAAUGGAAUUAUCCCAGUCUAGUCUUUCAAAAAACCUACGGGUUCUGACUCUGGACUCAAAUAAUCUCACGAGACUGGAUAAACCUGUCCUCGAGUUUCUCGUCAACUCCUCAGCGCUGAGAAAUCUCAGCCUCCAGGGGAAUCCCUGGGAAUGCGACUGCGAUGCGAGGGAAUUCCUGAGUUUUAUACAAUCGAAGAAAAACGACAUCCCUGAGCUGCAGGAGGUGAAGUGCAAAUACCCAGGAGAAAAUUCUAUCUUUGAAAUGACACCUGAAGAUAUGUGUCCACUAGCUGUUGCUGGAAUAAUCGGUGUUUGCAUUGGAAUAGCUCUGCUUGGAGUGAUUGUUGGGAUAAUUGCUGCUUUGUAUUAUCGAUUUCAACGUGAGAUCAAAGUGUGGCUUUAUUCUAAGCAGUGGUGCUUGUGGUUUGUCACUGAAGCUGAGCUGGAUAAGGAUAAAUUGUACGACGCAUUCAUCAGUUAUUCCCACAAGGACGAGGAAUUCGUCGUGAAGAAUUUGAUAACCAAGUUGGAGGAGGGACCAAGGCCUUUCAAAUUGUGCGUUCAUUUUCGUGAUUGGCUCGCUGGUGAGUGGAUUCCAAAUCAGAUAGCUCGCUCUGUUCAAGACUCCAGACGUACUAUUGUCGUUUUAUCACCAAAUUUUUUGGAAAGUGUAUGGGGAAAAAUGGAGUUCAGAACUGCUCACAAUCAGGCACUGAGUGAGGGACGAGCUAGAGUUAUUGUCAUUCUUUAUGGGGAGAUUGGACCUGUUGAUGAUCUUGAUCCCGAGCUCAAGGCUUAUUUGACGAUGAAUACUUAUGUCAAGUGGGGUGAUCCCUGGUUCUGGCAGAAAUUGAAAUAUGCUUUACCUCAUCCUGAUGAUCUCGUUAGGAAUAAGAAACGGCAAUCUGUCUUUGAGAGUCAGCAUCCUACCAUCGUUAUUGCUAAUGAUAAGAGCGAAUUGAUUGACGGGGGGAAGGAGAAUUUGGGAACGACUGCUGCGUCUACACCACCUGCUGAUACCAUUAAGACUUUUGUCGGUGGUGGGAAUGAGGCGAGCAAAAAUGCUAUUAAUGACUGCUUGAGUGAACAGGCUAAGGGUAAUGGUGCGCCAAUUUGUGAUUCGGUGAAGAUAAAUGGAAAAAUUGAGAAGCUACACUGCACGACGGUUUGAGUCAGUAGAGAAAUGGUCGAGUGGUAUUCUAUUUUGGUUUUUAUGAAUCGCGAUUGAUCUCCAAAAUUAUUCAUAUGAAUUCAUGAAUUUAUAGAACACCAUGGGCGUUUUUUUUUUAUAAAAAUUUGGGAGAAUCAAUAUUGAAUUCAAUUGAUUUAUCUCAACUAAUUGACGCCUGAUUUGAUUGGAAGAACAAUAAUUGCAUAUUUAACCGCGAGUUAUGCAUGAAAAAUAUUGUAAAUAGAAAUCAAUGGUUUACCAUUUUUUAAUCUGGUGGAACCGAGGAAUUUCUCGUGAGAGCUUUUUCGAGAGGAUGAAAAUUGCCGAAUAAUAUAAUGCUCUCACGAUUUGAAUUCGUCGUUCCACCAAAGAAAUUCGGAAUCUCUGUUUUGGUUGAGUGUAUCUAUACGUGAGUUAUAAUUCUCAGGACGUAGCGUAAGGGUCUUUUUUAAUUGUGAGAAUUGCACUACAAUAGAAUCCCGUUAUAGUCACACAUCUCAAUUUCUUUUUUCGCGCAUCCUUCGGUUCCCCCAACAAUCCAUUGGUUCGUCCGGUGAGGAAUUGAAUUCCGGGAAAAAUAAAGCCGAAAGAUAAAUUCCCCUCGUUUCCGAAUUUGAGAUGGAAACAUUCAGUUUACGGGAGUCUACUGUAUUUGUUUGUAGCGUGAGAAUGUUGUAUAAUAUUAUAUAUUGCAAGACUGACGUGGUCACCGGACGAUAGUAGCGUUAAUGGAUGCCAAUUACCCUCGGUAACCGUAACCACUUACGUACCGAGUGAAUAAUUAAUGUAAGCAAAUAAAAAGGCUUUCUCUAAAAAUUCCGUUGCUCGUCUAUUAAAACUCUAGAAAUCGAGAAAUUUUACUGACCACUCACGAUGAUUCGCGAGAAUUCUAACGGAAUUCCAAAAGAAUUUUUGAAGAAUUUCACUCGAAAUUCAAUGGAAUUUUCAGAGAAAGUGAGGAUUUUUAAGUACGUGUUACCUUGCUGGUCCCAGCCACGAGUAUUUUAACUUAUUUUAAUGUAAUUUUGUACAAUGCGUUUAGAACGAAUAAAGAUUUGAAUAAUUUGAAAAAAUAAA